AUAUAAUCCUACAUUAUGCGACCGCACAAACCACCAUCCAAAGUGUGACCUUCUCCAACACUCCCCCUCCCCUCCCUUACCUACCUACGCUCAACAUUUGCUCUCCCUUUUCUUCUUGAAAAUCAAGAAACCCCUAGUCUUUUUUUUUUUCUUUUUCAUUUGAUGAAAGACACUCUUGGUCUAAUGGAGUUGGGUUCAAUUUCUACUGAAGAGAAUAUGGUGAUGUUAUCAUCUGAGGCUUCUUCAUCAUACCCUGAUGACUCUGAACUUGAAUUGGGUCUUGGACUCAGUCUUGGUGUUGCUGCUGUUCCCAAGUCUAAAACUGGUCAAUAUGCAAAAAUCUUGACACCCAAUGAUUUCUCUUCACCUUUGGCUUCUAAUUCAUCAUCUUCAUGUUCAUCUUCUUCAGCUACAAAAGCUAAUAAUGCUUCUUGUGGCACCAAGAGACCUGCUCUUUCUAUUUCUCCUCCUCGUUCUACUCUCAGCCAGGUUGUUGGAUGGCCUCCUAUAAGAACUCAUAGGAUGAACACCCUAGUUAACCAGACAAAAUCACCAGUCCCAGAAGAAUUUUCCAGGACAACUGAGAACUGCGAAAGUAAGAAUACUAUCACGAGUGCUGGGAGCAGCAAGAUCGACAGCUUUACAAAGGAGAAAGGGCUUGUCAAGGCUUCCCUAUUUGUGAAGGUCAAUAUGGAUGGAGUUACAAUUGGAAGGAAGGUAGAUCUGAAUUCUCAUAGUAGCUAUGAGAACUUGGCACGGACUCUAGACAACAUGUUCUUAAGACCCAGCACGAUUGUUGGUGCAAGAUCAUCAAAUGCACAGGAGCUAGGUGUCAUGUCAGAAACAACAUCAUGUUCAAGAUUAUUAGAUGGAUCAUCUGAAUUUGUGUUGACUUAUGAAGACAAAGAUGAAGACUGGAUGCUUGUUGGAGAUGUUCCAUGGGAGAUGUUUAUUAGCUCAGUCAAGAGAUUACGAAUCAUGAGGACGUCUGAUGCCAAUGGACUCGGUACAUCUCCAAGUUUCAUGGAAAGAAAUGGUGGAAGACAGAGGACAAAGCCUAUAUAGGUCAGAUAAAGAACCUACUUUCCAAAGAUAUAAAAAGAACCCCAUUUGAAAGAUGAAGUAUAGAAGGAAAUUAUAGUGGAUGGUAAAAUAAUUUUCUCAGUAACAAAUUGGUCCUAUGUGACCUUGUUUUUUUUUUUUAAAAUCACUUUUCUUGCCUUUUUACCACACGGUUUACCCACUCUCUGGGAGGAGAUCCCUUUGAAGGAUUACAGAAGAUCCUGUAUAUGUCAUACACCACACAAUCUUCUGCUGAAGUUGCAUUCUGCCCUUGUGAAGCAUGGAUGUGUCCACUUAUACUAUAUUAUGAUGAUGAGCUUGUCCCACCCUGAAACAGCUGAACACUAAUGUUGUUGAAAGUUUCCAAGGUUCAUACUAGGAACCUUUUUGUUGCUUCUGGUACAAGCUUUCAUUGCUUCAUGUUUGUAUUUCAAUUUCUUGUCUUCUCUUAUUCUGCAACUAUUUCUUGGAGCAACAUGUGUUGUCUAUAAGACUUAAAAUUAUUUGAUUGUCAGAAGUUUUGGGAAGAGA